AUGGCCGAUCCUGGGAAGAGAGGAGGGGUCUACUGCCCCCUGAGUCUCACCUGCUCCCUGCUCAUUGUGGGAAUGUGCUGUGUGUCUCCUUUCUUCUGUCACAGCCAGACAGAUCUGCUGGCUCUUAACCAAGCUGAUCCUCAGUGCUGGGAAUCUUCUUCAGUGCUCCUCCUGGAAAUGUGGAAACCUCCAAUUUCCAACACUGUUUCAGGUUUCUGGGAUUUUAUGAUCUACCUGAAGUCAUCUGAAAACUUGAAGCAUGGGGCAUUGUUUUGGGACCUGGCCCAACUCUUCUGGGACAUCUAUGUAGACUGUGUCCUCUCCAGAAACCAUGGCUUAGGAAGGAGGCAAUUGGCUGGAGAAGAAGAGCAUCCACAGCACACAGGAAGAAAACAAGGUACAUAUUCUCAGCAACUAAGAAUCCCUUCCCUAAAGAAGAAAGAGAUGAUUGAAGACUUGAUAAGCACACACAUACACAGGAGUGGGCCUAAGUUUAUUGGAAAAAUAACCAGCGACCGGGAAAUAAAGAGAAAAGAAAUCUAACCUCGGAGCUUAUUCACAUCUUGGAAUUUAAACAAAUAUAUAUAUAUAUUUUUUUUUCUUGACUAUUGAUCAUUUAUUUACUCGAAAUGAGUCCAGAGAUACAUAUUAAGUCCUAACCUCUCAGAGUACUUAGUGUCAUUCUUUUAGGCCGCCAGCAUGUUCCUUCAAAUGGUGACAUUACUACCAGAUCAUCCCAGUGUCUGAAGGAGUUAAAAUAGCUUCCAAAGAUGGUAGGGGAUUGGGCCACUCAGGUUUUUGUGUUCAUUUUGAACAUUGUUUGGGAUGCUUGAUAUUGUUAAUGAACUAGAGUGCCAUGCAUUUAAUUGGAAUGCGCUGCAUGAUUUCCAAGACAUUAAUCACCAGAUUGCUUGUGCACAGGUAAAUAAGACACUAUAUUUAUUAAUUACCAGUUACUGAUGGUCUGUGAUACCUGAAUAUUUUGAACUGAGUGAAGCACAAAAACCCCAAAAAACUGGUACAUAAAGCAUUCUUCUAACAGGAACAAAAUUAAUAAAAGCU